AAAAGAUCGCAGUUUAACAAUUGAGAAAGACAGGAAGGUCUGAAUUACGCCCUUUUUUUUUUUCUUUUUUUUUUUAACUCUUUUUGGAAGCACACCUAGACUGGAAUAUGUGCUUUUGGAACCAGGCAAGCUUGGGCGACACCUAAACGUUUGGGUUUGACUGUUCUUCAGCUGAUAGGCUGGCUGGUUUAGCUUCUUUUGACACUUUAGUUUUUUCCUGAUCUGCGGUGGAUCUCUAGCUCUAGAUCAUGAGCGACUGUAAAGACAAUCCCAAAGGCACCAAAACCGGGCUUAACAUCAAACCAAAGCUUGACCGCAAAGUCAGCAUCAUCUUUGGGACAUCAGAGAGAUGGCAAAAGACCAGCAAGUCUCUCAGGAGAAGCCGCAGUAAUGACGCAGAAAGCCGUCAACAUGAAGGUGCACGAGGAAGAGAACAAGACAGGAGGCAGGGUGGAAAGCGAAAACGGGGUCGCAGCGAGGAGGGUAGGAGGCGAGACUGUGACUACGACCACGAGCCAGGAAACCAUGCAAAAGAGCAACCCAAAGAUGACCUGGAAGACACCGAGUGCAUUGUGUGCUUCUGUAGCUUCGACAACGUCUUCAAGGCACCCAAGUUACUUACUUGUGGACACACGUUCUGUCUGGAAUGCCUGGCACACAUCAAUGUGAAUUCUCCCGAGAUCAAGAUGCUGUCUUGCCCCAUCUGUCGGAAGCUGACAGAAAUCCGACAUGGCCGAGACCUACCAAAGCUGGACAAUAACGAAGACAUCUUCCGCAAGCUUCCACCUGAGAUGCAGCGGGCCCUGUCCGUAUGUUUUAAACGCAGCGAGGGCAAGCUUGUCCUCAAGAAACCUCCGACAAACAGCCCCAUCAAGACCACUGUGAAUCUGCCGGUUUUGAAGAAGAAAGAGGAGCAGAUGGGCAACUACCCCCUUGGAGUCAUGGAGGAAGGUCUCGGCCCAGCGACAAUGGUCGAUGUAGGCAGACCACCAAGCAGGAUGAGAUGUCGCAUGAGAAGAUUGUUGUAUUCCAGUCAGUGCUAUUACAUUGUUGUGGCUGCCAUAAUCAUAGUCACUGUGGCUCUGAUGCUGGUGGGGAUCUUUAGCUUUGUGGUGAUGCCAAAUAUUCACCACACUAACCAGAACCAAACUUCCUAUAUGCCUUAAGGAAUGAUGAAAUGCACAAAGCUCAAGAGGGUUGAAGGGAAGAGCAAAGCAAGCUAGAUUCUUUGGUGAAGCCCAUUGCAUUUUUCUCUUUACUUUAAUGCUUUUUGUGUGAUGCUCCACAGAGAGGCUCAAUAGAAAUGAACAGAAAAAACUUGAACAUAUGAUGCACGAUAGUCUGUUGGGCGGAGACAUUUUUGACAUGGACUGAGACAUUGUCAGGCAAAGGUAUUUAAGAACAAGAGGAAACAAUGACGUCUUUUCUGUCAAUGAUGGAUAAUAUUUUCCUUUACCUUUAAAAUCCUUGAAUCAAUGGAAAUUAUUGAUCCCCCCGGCAAAGGGCUGGAUCUGGAAUAUUUGAUCUGAAGAAUAUUUACAUGCAAUGUUAUUAUGCCAUUGUAUCUCAUGAAGAAUUUACCAAUGUAUAUUCAUUUACUUUAAUAUCUUAUAUCUAUAGUUUGUGGCAUUGACACUGAACAACAAAUGCAACACCUAACAAAUGCAAAUGAUCUCAGAUUAAAGUUAAUGUGAGCUCAUAAAUGUUUCUUCUGACAAGAAAUUAAUAUUUCUUUGACUUAUAAUGUACAAAAUGUAAAUAUUUUCUGAUAUGUAACUAAAUGUUCAGACCAUUUUCUAUUCUUUUUCACAAAAGGAGAAAGGCCACUUAGAAAAGUUAAACACAAUUAAACUUUUUUUUUUUUUACCUCACAUUCUGUGUAUGUGACGUGAUAUUCCUACAAUUAUGACAUUGCACUUAUU